UUUAAGACUUCAGAGCAAACGUGUCAAGUGCAGUGCCGCCGAUAUCGACUCGAUCCUAUAUAUAUUAAUAUUAAUUUAUAGCAAAUAAUUGUGUUAAAGUUAAAUACUCAAUAUGAAGUUCUAUUUGCUGGUCAUCGCUUCAAUCGCAUUUUUGGCUUACGUUCAUUGUGAGGCCUGCGUGCAAUGCCAUUCAAAGUCUGAUGAGCGCUGCGCCACCAAUCCGUUAAGCAUCAUGGCCAAGGAUUGCCCCACUAAUAACACCCUUUGCUAUACACGCGUCUUGAGUGGAUACACAAUUCGUGGCUGCACCAGCGAAUUGGACAACAACACAUUGAAAUCGUGCAACAAUGAGCUGGAGUGUCUGACCUGCUCAUCGAACGAGGGCUGCAACCGUCUGAUUUUCCCCCAAUACCGUCCCAAGUGUCUGCAGUGCACCGGCAACUCGACCAAUUCGAGCUGCGCACUCGAGAAUCAUGCAUAUAGCAAGGUCUGCCCAAUUUACAAACUGGGCGACAAGUGCUUCAUUCGCAACAGCGGACGCACGGCUGACGGCUCGUUCAAGCGCGGCUGCCUCACCACUGCCCAGGUCAACAAACAGUGCAUCAUCGAUGGCAACUGCUACACCUGCGAAGGACACGGCUGCAACGCCCUGCUGGCCAACGACACGCUUAUACCGACAGCACGCGAUGGUGCCAUAACUGUCAUGCUCUCGCUGGGUCUGCUCCUGGCCUGCGCUCUGUUCAAUCUGAUGCUGUAGAUUGCAAUCAGCUGCCAAUUAACAAUUGUAUUUCCAUUUCAAAACGUAUUUGUAAACCUCUGACAUUUUGCACAAUAUUGUAUGUUUGUUUUUUUUUUUUUUAAUAAAAUAGAAAGUU